AAUCUUCCUCUGCCAUUGAGAUGCCGUGAAUAUGGUCAGUGGAGGUCUGCAGCGCCGGAAAGUGGACCUGGACUUUUAUCUGCGCCGUGUCUUCCAGAAAAACUCCUUCAGGCCACUGCAACGCGAUGUAAUCACGGCCGCUGUCGAGGGACAUGAUGUGUUUCUACAGGCAAACACGUCGUUCGGAAAGAGCCUGUGCUUUCAGCUUCCAGCAGUAACCACUCAUGGAGUGACUGUCGUGAUCUGUCCACUGCUGGCGCUCAUGACAGACCAGGUCAAGGCACUGCAAGCACUCGGAGUCGCAGUAGCGACAAUCAACUCCACCACCCCGAUCUCCGAAAGACGAGUCAUCUUGGAUGACCUCUUGUCCGGCCAUCCUAGGACUCGCCUUCUUUAUGUGACGCCGGAACUUUGCCAAACAGAGACCUUCCGGCGGAAUCUUCAAACCAUUCACUCGCAGGGUGAGCUGAUCCGCAUAGCCAUCGACGAAGCCCAUUGCAUCAGCGAAUGGGGCCACGACUUCCGGCCUGCCUACAAGGAACUCGGCUGGUUUCGGCGAGCUCUGACCAAUCCAACCGUUCCGAUUAGUGCUCUAACGGCGACAGCAACCCCCCGUGUCCGCGCGGACAUCAUCAAGCUCUUAGGUUUGGAUCCGCUACGGCUGAGGAUUUUCAAUACUCCUUCCGCCCGUCCAAAUAUCCACUACGAGGUCCGGUACCUAGACGAUUUUGCCAGCGAUCCGACAGAGCCUGAACUGUUUCAGAUUAGGGACUUCGUGGCAUGGCUUCAGUCCGUGCAGACCCGCAGAGAGGCGCGAUUGGGCGCUGAAGAAACUGCGAAGCUACCGCCGGUGUCCGGAAUCAUCUACGUGCCCCUCAGAACCAUCUCUGAAAAGCUUGCGAGCGCCCUCUCAAAAGCUUGGGACGGCCGUAUCCAUGCUGUAGCCUACCACGCGGGUCUCUCUCCAGAAGAUCGAACCCGAAUUCAGUCUGAGUGGACAUCCACGAAGCCUAUCUCCCAAAUCGCCAGUAAUGAUAAUGCCGGAAACACACCAAACCGCGCAGCCUUUUACAUCAUUGUCGCGACCACCGCCUUCGGCAUGGGGAUCGAUAGCCCGCACGUGCGGUUUGUCAUCCACUGGACCCCCCCGCGCAGCUUCGAAGGCUUCGUCCAGGAAUCUGGGCGCGCCGGUCGCGACGGCCGCGCCGCAGCCUCGAUCGUCUACUACAAUACCCAAGAACGGGACCGAAUCCUUGACCGCCUGCAGCGCGAUGUCGAGAAUGCCCAUAACCGCACCGGCGGGUCCACCAGCAGCAGCAACAACAACAACCAGAAGACCAGCAGCAACAACCGAACAACCAACUCAACCGUGCAGAACCAGUUUGCCCGGUUGGCUAGUUUCCAGAAGGUGAUUGGCUACUGUGAGACCACAUCCAGGUGCAGACACGAGAUGAUCAAGGAUUUCUUCGGCGACCUCGAGCUCGAAAAGAUGGGUUCGCAGGUCCCCGCGUCGACACAAAUGAGCCCCGGCUGCGCUACUUCCCCUUGCGACUUCGCGUGCGACUUCUGCAAGGAGGGAUCGCAAGGGGUCGCGAAACGGAAGGCCAGAAUGGCGCCUCAGAGCCAUCCGGACGACUUUGUUGAUAUGAAUGUCCCUUGGUACAUGCAGAAGAUGUUCCCUGCGAUGUUUCCAGGGUAUCGAGAUUAG